AUGUCGGCCAGUCCGCCUCUAUCAGACGCUAGCAGUCUUAGGCAGACCCGAAAGCGUCGCAACUCAACCGCCGCCCUAGCUGGCGACGAGAGACAGGCCCCGAAACAGCGGACGAAACGCACCGCGUUAGCUUGCGAGAGAUGCCGCAUGAAAAAGCUUCGGUGUAUGGGCGGUCAUCCCUGCGGUGCCUGCCAACGGGCCAGCGCCGACUGUGACUUUGGUGAUCGGGUAUGGGAUUCCCAGCAGAGCAUUUCGGCAACCAACCAGCGGCUCUCUCAACUCGAAAAGACGAUUGCGGAUCUGGCAGCCAGUUUGAGCCACCUAAAGAACCCGCAACCUGUGGGUGAUAGUUGCGCCCAUGCCUCAGUACCUCCACUGUCGGGUCCUUCACUUGGGGUUCAAGCCAUUCCAGACUCAUCAGUCAACGUGAAUGAACCUCUGCACCUUGUCUCGUCUCCCAAACAAGUCAGCCCAGCUGCCCAAAGCCAGGGCUCGGAUGCUACUCCUAAUUCUUUGCGCAGCUCCUCGGCCAAUCCUAGAAUGUCAGAGACACUCGAGUCCCGCUGGGCCGCCCUGCAACGUAACGUCGCGCCCUUUCCUCCUCUGAUGGCCCACCCCACAGUGUGGUCUGAAGAACCAGCAAAGCCUAGCCUAGGUGGUAUCGCCGCUCAACCCACUCUCGGGCUGGCCCACUACAGGGCUCAAGUGCACUUGCAGAGCGAGCCUAUUUCCGAAGGUAUUAUUGGGGAGAUGGUGGCGAGAGCGCUUUUUGGAUUCCACUUCGACCACGUUCGAUCUUCAUCACCAUUUCUCUUCACCAGCAUCCUUGCCGUUGCCGCUCGCUAUUACCCUAGCUAUCGGAGGACACAGCCUACUCUGUUAACUUUACCACCCAUCUCGGCUAACGCCCUAGAGGGCCUUGCUGAUCUCGCUAAUGCGCACCUGGGUAAUGCGCUGCCCACCCUUGUUAUCCUUGGAUUUGGUCGUCCACAUGCCAUGCCGAUCGCUGCCUGCUCUCGGCAAUAUCUUACUGUCGCACGUAUGUUGGGACCUUCAGCUCAAGUCGAUCUGGCAGCGGCGGCGUACGCGGCUAGUCUUGUUGAACUUUCUACUAUAACGUGGGAUUUGAUCUCUGGCCUUCGCACCGCUCACUUGCAGCCAAACAACCGGCAAGAUGAUUAUCAACUUGCUGCGUGGAGUAAUGUUUCUGCCCUUCUGUCCGAUAUGAACCCGCGAUUAGACGAGUGGGAGCAUCAAUGGACGUGGGGUGGAUCUUACGAUGCCGUCACUCUCGGCACAUACGCCAAACUAGUGGUGAUGUAUGGAGAGCAUGCUAGGCUGUGCUUGAACUCGCUUUCGUUAAACCUCGUCACUGCGAAAGGGGAUGAUGAACAUCGUCAAAACCAGGUACCGACGGCAUAUCUGACAAGAGCCUGCGAUGCGGCCGUGUCCAUUGUCAAAGGCCAUCUUGAGUCAUCCGGUGACGAGCCACUUAUUCGAUAUGGUGCAGAUUAUGUGGUCCUGAUACUCGGCCAAGCGACAGUGUUUCUCAUUCGGAUACUUACGGCUCGGCUAGAGCAGCCUUUGCCAAUAGACCGGCUUGUCCUCUUGCACUAUCUCAAGAAAGCCAUUGAACUGAUGGAGGCGAAUAACCUAUCCACGACUAAUAUCUGUGGCUGGAUAGCCCAGAUUUGUCGCGACUUAACACGCCACGCAGGGCUUUCUGUCGAUAACGAAGGGAUAAUCGCCGGCUCGGCAGCGCCAGAGCCUAACCUUCCGGAGCCGGACUGGGAUUUUGAUAUCUCUACCUUUCUAGGCCAGAACGUGCCGGUGGGCGAGAUAAGCCUGGACCUCGGGGGCUAUUUCGACUUUACCCAGUCUUUUCUGCCUCCAUCAUCGGGGCCAUGA